AUGCGCAAGCUGCGAUCAAUAUUAGCCUUGACGGCCAGUGCUCUUUACCUUUUCCCAACCAUUGCGGGGCAUAGUUGGGUUGAGGAUCUCACCUUGAUCGCGCCAAACGGUACCUUUACGGGCCCUCAUGGUUAUUCUCGUGGAUUUGCUCCUCGCAAGGAGGGCUAUAAAGAUGCAUUAAUGAAACAUCAACUACCUCCCGAACGGGCCCUAUUACCUGGAGAAGCAACAGCUGGGAUCCUCCCCAACGACACUAUGUGCAAGGAAUCUCAACUCGAACCAAUUCAAUCUGAUGGAUUUCCGCGUCUGAAGGCUCCACCAGGAGCACCAAUCGCAUUGAGAUACUUAGAGAACGGUCAUGUAUCUUUUCCAAAUACCCCUGAGGGCAAACCUCAUGGAGGUGGCAAGGUAUAUGUAUAUGGUACGACACAGCCCCGACGCAGGGAAACAUUUUGUUCAAUUCACAAUGUCUGGAACAAGGAGGGAACUGGUGGUGAUCGUAGGGGAAUGCUGCUUUCAGUGCAUAACUUUGAUGAUGGCAGAUGUCAUCAGAUAACCAGCGGAAGUCCAAUUUCAAAGCACCGACAAAACCAGUUCUCGUACAGAAUCAACGGCAAUAAUGCAGAGCUCUGGUGUCAACACGAUCUCGCUCUUCCACAAAACGCCCCCGUCGGGAAGCCAUACACACUCUACUGGGUAUGGAUCUGGGACACAAUGCCUAAUAUAGACCCGAAUGUGAAGUCGGGCAAACAAGAGACAUACACGACCUGUCUGGAUGUUGACAUUAUCGCACCGUCAGGCGAUCUGAAGGUGGCGACCAAGGGAGAAUUGCCUAUGUUGAAAUAUGUUCAAGAUCAAGAUGUUGGCUCGGCUGCGAUACCAUCCCAGUUUGAGAACCUUAAAGCUCCGAUUAUUCCUGGCUAUUCGAGCUCAAAUCCCCCAGCUUUAGAGAAACCAGCGUCAACUACUAGAGCGCCAGCUCCAUCGGCUUUUAAGCCUAAACCUGAGCCAGAGCAAGAGCCAGAGCCAGAGCCAGAAGAUGACGAUUGUGACACCCCUUCCACGACUGUUUCAGCACCCCAAACACCCUCUAAGACCCCAUCAAAUUCAAAACCCGCCAUCAUUCCUUUGUUUGCUUCUACAUCAUCCUCAGCAACUGCUACAGCGUCCAUCUCUUCGGCAUCUCCUGAUUCUGCCUCCACAAGCAACAAUGGUGGCGCCAUACGUACGACCUUUCGAAUGACCUUCGGCUCGAUUGUGAGGGGCGGUUCUGCUACAGCUAGCUCCACGCCAACAACCGUCCCUGAAUCAAGUUCUACGAAAUCACCUGGGGAUGCAUUUAGAAUCAUCCCCUCUGCUAAUAUUUCACCGAGCCUUUCAUCUUAUCCCUUGCUCAUUUCUGGAAUUAAUUUUGGACCAGCAACUGCAACAACUGCUGCUGCCCCAUUCCUAGCCACAUAUGAAGUUGUUGCGUCCAGUCAAGCCUCCUCACCAGACUCAAUCCCGACCCCGUCAACUUCAGAGUCUCUCUUGGUGAUUUCUAUAGUGAACUCUGGGCCCGCAUCUGCAGUAAUUGCCAUCACCCCAUCCCUAUCUUCUGAUGAUAUUGUUGCACCCACUCCACCACCCUCAUCAGACUCAAUCUCAACAUCGAGUGAGAACGAUGAAUUUGUAGUCUCUCCAAUAACUCUGGGUGACGAUGGAUUGGUAUUACAUUCCACCCCAAGCACCGCAGCACGACUCACCCCCAAAACUACAGCUCUCCGUAGCACCACAACUAUAACUACAUCUUCCACUGCAAGUGCCACAGCACCACCCAACGAAAAAACUACAACUAUCCGUGUCACUAGCACCAUAACCAUAUCCUCCACAACCACCCAACCACCCCAAUCAACAGCAACAUGUCCAGAAUCCAACCCACCCGCCACCAUCCUAUUACCCUCCCGUUUGCCCAGUAGUAACAAUGCGUCGUAUAAUAUAUCUUUAACCAUUCUCCCAACACAAACAGAACUCUCCCUCCCCAAGGCAAUCGAAUACCUGAAAACCACAGUUACUGUAAAAGAAACAAUAACCAUCUACGCUACCUCCACACCCGUUGUGCCCCCUGGACAAGAGCAGCCGCAAGCUCAAGCGCAGAUGGCCUCCUCCUCCGCAUCCCCGUCGUCUGGGUUCAUAGUAUCGACUCGCCCGUCUCCACCUCAAUCCUCGCCUUCAGCAGCAGAACUUCAACCAGAAGUGACUCCAGGAGCAGACUGUGAUUUAAACGAUCAAGCUGCUCCGUCCCAGUCACCAGGGCCACCCCCUCCUCCGGCGGCACCGAGCAAAAGAGCAUUCCGAACACUGAGCUCCCGUUUUCGAAGGAACCUGGCUGAAAUCCUCUCCAAUCGUCAGAUUGAGUGA